AGUCGCACGAACAUCUAUUAACGUCGUGACGAGACACGAAACGAUCAUCAAUGUACCGCAUAGUUAUGUUAAGCAUGAGGCUUAUCACAUUGUGCAUCACCUUGUUGUUUCUCCUUGGGAUCGUUCGAGCCACAUUGAAAGAAGCGACCGACGAAUUGGAGGAGGCUCUGUCGUACAGAUUUAUCACAAACAGAGCGAAGAAUGUGAUCAUUUUUGUGGGUGACGGCAUGAGCUCCGAUACCAUUACCGCCAGUAGAAUAUUCCGUGCUGGUGAGACCAGCCGUCUGGCUUGGGAGAGUUUCCCUCACAUAGGAAUUCUUAAGACGUACAAUACUGACAAACAAGUACCAGAUUCAGCUUCAACAGCAACGGCAUUAUUCGGCGGUGUGAAGACGAAUUACAACGUGGUUGGUGUAGAUGCGAAUGUAGCAAUGGACAAUUGCUCUGCGAGCUUAAAUACUAGUUACCACGUGGAUUCUGUCAUCUCAUGGGCACAAGCGUUUGGCAAAGAUACAGGGUUCGUGACGACCACUAGGGUGACUCACGCGACUCCGGCACCCUUGUACGCUCACAGUCCAAACAGAAAAUGGGAAUGCGAGUCGAAGAUGCCGAAGACUGCAGCAAAGUGCAAAGACAUCGCCAGACAAUUGGUAGAGGACCUGCCAGGAAAAAACAUCAAGGUGAUCAUGGGAGGAGGCAGACAAAUGUUGAAAUCCAACGCUACUGGUACUGAAUUCGAUCCCAUUGACACUUGGGCUGGUCAUAGAGAAGAUGGUAGAGACUUGAUCGAAGAUUGGAAGCGAGACAAAGCAUCUAGAAGAUUGUCUUUCGAAGUUGUUCAAAAUAAUGAAGAAUUGUCUCGCGUAAAUACGGAUGAAGUGGAUUACUUGCUGGGUCUUUUUGCGAAUGGUCAUAUUAGUAUGGACUGGAACAGAGAUAAAGGUCCCAAAGGACAGCCGAGUCUCGAAGAAAUGACUGUAACUGCACUGAAGAUUUUGCAGAAGUCGAAAGAGGGCUAUCUUCUCGUGGUCGAGGGAGGACUCAUCGAUUAUGCUCAUCAUCGUGGCCACGCUGCACAGGCGUUAUUAGAAACCGUCAGAUUCUCAGACGCUGUUAACGCAACCUUGAGGAUGGUUAAUACGCAAGAUACUCUUAUUAUUGUAACUAGCGAUCAUACUCAUUCCCUGAGCUUUAAUGGAUACAGCAAUAGAGGUUCAAACAUUCUAGGUAUAGCUCAGAAGUCCAAGUACGAUGAAAUCCCAUAUACAACGCUGACUUACAGCACAGGUGGACCAAAUAACGUGGCCUACAAGAAUAAUACGAGAAUAGAUCCUUCCAAAGAAAAUACGACAGCAUUCACCUACAGCCAACAAGCAAAUAUCAUAACCGACGAAGCAUACCACGGAGGAGGUGAUGUUGCUGUCUAUGCGUUAGGCAAGUAUGCAGGGACCGUAUGCACAUCUGUUUCACAGCGUGCAUGAACAGAGUUAUGUUGCCUGUGUGAUAGCACACGCUACUAACAUGGAAUCGGUAGCCUAUGGGAAUAACGCCGGAAAUCGAUACAAUAGUCUGGUUAGUGUCUUCAUGUACUUCUGUUCGUUCGUUUUACUCUUGCUUCAUUGAUAAAAAUGAAGAUUAAACACGCCGCGUACAGUAUUAAUGAGUAAAAGAGAAAGUACAACCAUGUUAUAUAAGAUGCAACGUGUAUUUUGAAAAAAAAGAGGAAAAAACGAAGAAAAGUUACACUUUUCCUUAUCGUACUUAAGUAAGUAGGACAGCGAAUGGCCGUGAAAAAUACACUUGAUUCCACUUCAAUCACAGAUUAGCUAACUCGUUCCAAUAGACAGGCCAAAUCGUUUCGACGAACGACAAGUUGAUAAUUAUCUUAACGAUAUAGAAUAACAUUUUAUCUUCUCGCAUACAUACAUGUACAAUGUAUAUUUUAAUAUUACUCUCCUUUUCA